CUCUCUCUGACCUUAUAAGUCAUGAACACAAAAGGAAAAUCAUGACUUCACGGACACCAACAUGAAGUCUUAAAUAAACCCUCAUGCGUAUUUCCCAUCCGGUCUCUUUCCUUCACAUCUCUCUCCAAAACUCACAGGAAAGGGCGGUUUAAGCACAGGAUUUUGAGGGGAUUUGCAGCUCCAUCAAAGAUUAACUCUGGCAAAUAAGCCAGAUCUCAACCUAAACCAGACGCUGCCACUCUCUCUCUCUCUCUCUUCUCCCGGGUUUCAAUUUUUAUUUGGGUUUGCAGAGAAGAAAAAGAAUCCCAAGAAAGAGAGAAGAUGGGGCCAAACUUCUUGCAGGCUUUGAAAGAGAUGGGUUUGACUUGACACGGGCAUUUCCCAAUUCUUGCAACGAGAAAUUCUUCAUCCUUUUCCGGAAGUCGAUGAUGUUCUCCUCCCACGGACAAAGAUGUCGCGUUCCUCUUUAUAACGGUGUUUCUGGGGCCUCACGGUGUGUCGGCUGCAACACGACGGAGUCGCUCUUCUCCCGGUUUAAUCCUGCUGGUUUUCAGAAUUUUAGGACAGAGAUCUGCGGUUAAUCAUUUUGCUUAACGUGAUCAUUGUUGGCUUCGGUGAGCAACUUCCCUUCGCUUCAAAUCCACAGGUUUCAUUAUGCAUGUCUAAUCAAAGGCUCAAUCUCCUGCUCGUGUCUUGGGGGAUUAGUUGAAUUCAGACCCAGCUUGGGUUGGUGGGUCUAGCACCCAAGAAACGUCCAUAUCAGAUUGACAAUUCAACUUCACUAGUGAUUGUCCCUCUAGUUUAAGCCUCCUCUUUGAUGGGAUGUUUUAAAUUAGGGUUGAGAAAAUUAGGGUUACUCAUUAUCUCCAGAUAUUGAAGGGGGAAAAACCUAUUUGGGAGAUAAGCAAAUCAGUUCCCAAUAUGGAGCCAAGAAGCGAAGAAGAUCAAGCAAGAAUCCCCAAUUCUUUGUUGUAUGAUCACCCAAAUCCACCCAAUGGAGAAAGGAAGAUAGACCAUGGCCAAAACCAUGUCAUCUCAACUCAAACCCUAGAUCAACCAAAACCAAGAAUUGAUGAUCUACUUCAACCAUCAGUUCCCACUUCAAGUCCACCUGCAGCUGAAUUCCCCAAUAUGACGGCUUUGACCCAGGCGCUGCCUCCACCGCCGGCCAAUUUCCGAUACCGCGAGUGCCUCAAGAACCACGCAAUAAGCAUCGGUGGCCAUGUUGUCGACGGGUGUGGUGAGUUCAUGCCGAGAGGGGACGAGGACACGCCAGAGUUCUUCAGAUGCGCCGCCUGCAGUUGCCACCGCAACUUCCAUCGGAAGGAGAUCGUCGCCCAUGGUGGUGGCGAGCUGGGCUACAUGGCCAAUUUCCAGUAUAAUCAUCGAAACGGAAACAUUCUAAGUUAUGGUCAAAUCAGACAUGCAGCCAAUUCAAUCCCCCACCAGCAAACCCUCCUCCACCAAAGCCGCCACCGCCAGAGCUUCUCGCCAGGGCCGGCUCAGCCAGUGAUGGUGGCGUUUGGUGGGGGCGGCGAGGCGGAGAGCUCGAGCGAGGAUCUCGGGGGGUUCCAGCGCGGCGACGGAGGAAGGUGGCGGCACGAAGAGUUGUUGGCGGUGCAGAUGCAGCAAUCGCCAAAGAAGAGGUUCAGGACGAAAUUCAGCGAGGAGCAGAAGGAAAGGAUGAUGGAGUUCGCUGAGAAGCUGGGGUGGAAGAUGCAGAAGGGGGAUGAAGAUGAGGUGGUGAAGUUCUGUGAAGAGGUAAGGGUGAAGAGACAGGUGUUCAAAGUGUGGAUGCACAACAACAAGCAAACCAUGAAGAGGAAGCAACCGUGUUGACACGAGAGACAGAGAUAGAGAGAGAGAGAAAGAAUGUUUUUCUCGUGGGCAUUUUGGCUUUAAUUCAAGGAGGUUUUCUUGAUGUUAUAAUCAUAUGAUGAAAUAAGGUUUUGUGCAGUGUGUGAAAUUUUUAUUUCCUUUUGAAGCUUUCACAAGGGUAAUAAUAAUCAGAAGGGGAUGGCAUUAUUAUACCAUUCGUUCA